AUGUUGAAAUCUCCUCCCAAAAUAAUGUUGUUGUUUGUGGAGUAUUUGUGAGAAAGUUCUUUUACAUGUCUGGUGAUACAUGAAGUACUAAUGUGUUGACAUAUUCAAGUUUGAUGAGAUGGUUUUUUUUAUUUUAGUAGGCGGGACUUUAUGGUUCCCGCCCACAUGUACCGGAACAAAUAAAAAAACACGUCCGCGCGCUUAUUUUAGGCUCCAAACUAAAAGAAGACGUUCAUUUAUUCAUUCAUUUUUAUUGAUUUAUUCAAUGAUUUAUUGAUUGUGAUCCAAGCGAGAAGAAGAUCGGGUGACUGAGCAGGAUGUUGAAAGAGAGUGCUCCUACUGACCGCGGUAACAUCGUAGCUGCCAUCAUUUUCAUGCUGGGCCUGGGAACGCUACUGCCGUGGAACUUCUUCAUGACUGCCUCCCAGUAUUUCAACAAACAGCUGGUCACACCUUCCAAUGUGUCUAACGCGUCGUCAGGGGCAAUCAGCAAAGACUACAACUAUGACAGCUGGAUGGCGCUUCUUUCCCAGCUGCCUUUGCUGCUCUUCACGCUGCUCAACUCAUUCCUCUAUCAGCGGGUGAGUGAGCGUAUCCGUGUGGCCUUCAGCCUGGUGGCCAUCUUCCUGCUGUUCUCCCUCACCGCCGCUCUGGUUCGGGUGCCCUUGCAGCCAUACACCUUCUUCUCCAUUACCAUGGCGACCAUCUGGUUCAUCAACAUGUUCAGUGCGGUCCUGCAGGGCAGUCUCUUUGGGGUGGUUGGCCUGUUCCCUCCUCGUUACAGCACUCUCUUCAUGAGCGGUCAAGGUCUGGCUGGGAUUUUCGCCGCCAUCGCCAUGCUGUGUUCCAUCUUAGGCAACACUGACAUCAACUCUGCAGCGUUAGGAUACUUCAUCACGCCGUGUGUGGCCACGCUGGGAACACUGCUCUGCUACCUGUUGCUGCCUCACCUGAAAUUUGCUCGCUUUCACUUGAGCAGACGCAUGAGUGAUGAAGAGGAAAACAUGAAGGAGCUCCUCAGCAGCGGAGACAAGAAGGCGGAGAAGAAAGAAGGGAUAGAUGUCAGUAGGAAGUUAAUGAGUGAGCCAGAGGAGCGCUCGUCAGUCCUGGUGGUCUCCAGGAAGAUCUGGACCAUGGCUGUGUGUGUGACGUGUGUCUUUGCUGUCACUCUGUCGGUGUUUCCUGUCAUCACGGUGCGAGUGAAGAGCGUCUACAAGGACAGCGCCACCUGGGACAAAGUGUUCACGUGUGUAUGCUGCUUCAUUGUUUUCAACGCCAUGGACCUGGUGGGCCGCAGCGCCCCCUCCCUGGCCCAGUGGCCAUCAAAAGACAGUUGGCUGUUUCCUGCCGCCGUUGCAUCCCGCCUUGUCUUUGUCCCUCUGCUAAUGACAUGCAACAUUCCCGACUCCAAGCUGAGCGUCUUCUUUCAUCAUGACGCUGCCUUCGCCACCAUUAUGGCACUCUUUGCCUUUUCCAACGGCUACCUGGCCAGCCUCUGCAUGGCCUACGCCCCCCAGCUGGUUCGCCAUAAAGACUGCGAGACGGCGGGCUCUCUGAUGACCUUCUUCCUGGUUCUGGGCUUGGCGCUGGGAGCAUCGCUCUCCUUCCUGCUGGGAAUGCUGGUGUAGCCCUGAAGCGGGAUUGUCCAUCAGACAAAACACAUUUGCACUCUUCUACAACACACAAGAGACACUUAAAUGAUUCUUCUACUGCACUCUUGUUCUUGAAACUCGCUUUUACUCAGCUUUUAGUAUGAAAACUGGAGCACGAUUGUUAUGAUCUUGCAACAUUCUAAACAUGAACGAUAUAUCAUGUCAAGCACAACAUUGAAGAGAAAAUGAACAUUGUGUACAUUUUUAUACGGUUCCUGUCUCACACUGGACACAAAUAUAUUUAGAAUGUUAAAUCCACACUGCCUUGCCUAGCACUUAAUGUAUAAAGAAUAUUUUUACCUCGCAACACAGUGAAAAUUGUUUUCAUAUUACAUGGUGUAGCUAUUAAAAAAAAAACUUUUUAAUCGUUUAGCUUACAUUUGGGCAUUUUAUGUGGUUUGCUCGUGUUGAUGUACAUUUAAUUGUACAUUUUUGUCUUAUUUAUAAUUUUUUUUAAACUUUUUUUACUCAUGCUGAAAGCUUUUAUUUAUAUAUAUAUAUAUAUAUUUGUUUCCUGUGACCUUUGCUUUCUGGUCCUUCCAUUAAAGGAAC